AUGGGCGCAGCAGCUGCAAAACCGCGCAACGUCGUCAUCGUUGGCGGCUCGUACGUGGGCAUUCGACUCGCUCAAGCCCUUCUCCCUUCGCUACCCUCUACGCAUCGGCUGGUGGUCGUAGAGGCCAACUCGCACUUUCACCACCUGUUCACCUUCCCACGCUUCUCGGUCCUCCGUCGCGGUGGGGAGGAGAAGGCGCUUGUCCCAUACAGCCACGCCUUGGUGGACGCUGAGAAGCCAGGCGUGGAGGGGCGGAUGGUGCACGCCCGUGCGGUGGCCAUCCACGAAAGCGGUGAGGGGGGAUACCUGCAGCUGGACAGGAAGGUCGACGACUUCGGCGAGAAGAUCGACUUCGACUAUCUCGCGCUGGCGACCGGCACAGAGCUGCGCGAGCCCUGGUCCCUCCCCUCCGCCAGCCACGAUGGUGCACAAGCAAAACACGAGGCUGUGAACACGCUAAGGUCGUACCAAGACUCCAUCGCCGCUGCCAACCAGAUUGUCAUUGUCGGCGGCGGAGCGGUGGGCGUACAAGUUGCGUGCGACAUCGCCGAGGUCUACCCGGGCAGAAACGUCACAGUGGUACACAGCAGAGAGAGGCUCAUGAACACGUUUCAUCCGGAUCUGCACGACGUUGUUGCGAAGCGGUUCGCGGAGAGAGGGGUGCGAACGAGACUCGGUGUGCGGGUUGACUUGCCACGCGAAGGGUUCCCCACAUUUGAGGAAGGGAAGAUGGUCGAUGUGCGACUGCAAGACGGGUCGAAGCUGGAGGCGGAUCUCGUGUUGAUGUGCACCGGUCAAACACCUCGUUCGGAGCUCCUUGCCUCCUACGCUCCCACCGCCAUUACCAAGAACGGCUUCAUCAGCGUUCAACCCACCCUCCAGAUCCAAUCACCCCAUCCGACGGUGCUGCACAAGCGCAUCUUUGCCCUGGGCGACAUCGCCGAUUCCGGAGCAGCCAAAACCGUCCGCUCUGCCAUAGGUCAGAUCCAGACGGUCAAGAACAACAUCCUCGCCCUCAUCCAAGGCGCACAGAAGCUGGAGCACUUCAACCCCGGACCCAGCGGGAUCCAUCUGCAACUGGGGCUGUACGAGAGCAUCAAGUUCGCCAAUCCGACGGAUGGGGGUGAGCCGCGGAACGGAGGUGUGCAGAGGGACUCAGCGGCGGAUCUGGGGGUGGAGCGCAUGUGGGACAGUCUGCGUGUGCCAAAGGGUACCAAUUGGAAGCUCUGA